CCUAAUGAGCUCCCCCGGGAGGCUGAACCGUUAGCUGCGCCGGAGCCCGGAGGAAGCUCCAGGCUGGAGCCGCGGCGGGGCUGCGCGCGGGCGGCCGGGGAGCCCCGGCGAUGGCGGUGCAAGCGGCGCUCCCCAGCACGCACCCCUUCGUCCCCUUCGGGUUCGGGGCGGCCUCGGACGCGCUCGGCGGCGCCUUCGGAGCCCUGGACCCGGGUUGCUGCUUCGAGGACGACGAGCUCGCCACGCCGGCCAGCGCGCUGCUGGACCAGGGCCCCGACCAGGGCGGGGACGGGCGCGAAGCCACCCGCGACCUCCUGAGCUUCAUCGACUCGGCGUCCAGCAACAUCAAGCUGGCCCUGGACAAGCCGGGCAAGUCCAAGCGCAAGGUGAACCACCGCAAGUACCUCCAGAAGCAGAUCAAGCGCUGCAGCGGCCUCAUGGGCGCGCAGCUCCCGGGCCCGCCGUCCCCGGGCGCUUCGGACUCAUCGGCCAAGCGGCCGCCCGUCGCCGGGCCCGUCGGGGCCCCGGGACACGGCAAGACGGGCCCGCGGAGGGACGCGUCCCAGGCGGCGGCUGCCAGCCUGCAGAGUCGCAGUCUGGCCGCGCUCUUCGACUCCCUGCGCCCCGCUCCGGGGCGCGCCGAGCCGGCUGGAGGAGCCGUGGCCGCGGCAGCCAGCGGGCUCGGCGGGUCGGACGCGGGUGCCGACGGUGCCCGUCCCCUCGGGGCCGCGGCGGCUCCCGGAGCCCGGAAAGUCCCGCUGCGAGCCCGCAACCUGCCCCCGUCCUUCUUCACCGAGCCGUCCCGGGCGGGUGCCCCGAUGGGAGCCCCGGGGGUGAGCCUGAGCGACCUGGAGAAGGGCGCGGAGACGGAGUUCUUCGAGCUGCUGGGCUCCGACUACGGUGCCGCUUCCGAAGCCAGCGCCCUGCUGGCCGCCGAGCCCCUCGACGUGUUCGCACCCGGAGCCGCCCUGCUGCGGGGUCCCGAGCUGGAGCCCGGCCUCUUCGAGCCGUCGCCCGCUCUGCCCGGGAGCCUCCUGUACCCCGAAGCCUGGAGCGCACCGGGCUGCCCCGCCAGCAAGAAGCCGCUCCCCGCAUCCGCGCCCCUCCGCGGCGCUUUGACCUUGAACGAGCCCUUGCGUCCCCCCUACGCCGCCGCCGCCACCGACUCCCCGGGCUCCGAGGAGGGCGCGGGGCUCUUGGCCGCGUUCGCCCCCUUCUUCGCGGACUGCGCGGUCUCUGCGCCUCCGCCGCCCCAGCAGGGCUUGUUUGAGUUGGGCGCUGCCUACAGCCGCUCGGCUUACGAGGGGCUCUGGAGGCACGACGGGGUGUGGGAUGGGGCGCCCCGGGAGGAGGAGGCCCGCCGGGACUGAGUGCGAAGGCGGCCGCCUCCCCUCCAUCCUCCACCCUGUCGUGGGAAAUGCUUGCAGAGUCGAACCCCGAUUUGAAAAAGCCGCCCCGAGAAGCGUCACCGCUGGAGUGGAAGGCGGGAGUUUGGGGUGGGUGGCUGGUAAUCACAAACAAACAAAAAACAGUUCUAUUGUUAGGUUCUUGCCGGAUCGGA